GGCAUGCAGCACCACACCUGACUAAUUUUUUAAAUGUAAAAUCAAGGAGUCUAAUACUUCCAUGGCUUAAACUAAGUUAACUACUAACAAAAAGUAGUAUGUUCUGUAAUUUUUCCAGGUGUGUGUGUGUGUGUGUGUGUGUGUGUGUGUGUGUAAAAUGUAAUGGUGUUGUCAAUUAUAUUAUGGACUCACACCAACAAAUAUUUAUCAGAAAGGAGGUAAAAAUAAUUGCAACUACUUAGGAAUUGUCUUGAAGUAAAUAUUACUUAUUUAUUUUGGAGCACAUUAGUGGACCUUUUGAGUUGGACAUUCAAAGCACUAGUGAGUUCAUGGGGGAUAUGAACUUCAUUUCAAUUCUAAUCUAAACAAGCAACAAGAGACAUUGUGUAGAAAGUGGAAGAGCCCAAACAGAUUGGGUUAUAAGUUAUAACCAAAAAUUAUUUCUAAAUAAUUAGGUUAUGAUAACGAUAUUGUAAUUAUGUUUUAAUUAGAAAAAUUAAUGAACGUUUAAAGAAAAACAUAGCCUGUGUGAAAUUUGCUUUUGAAUAAUCUAGAUAGAUGUAUUCACAAAUUUUUAGGAGAAAGACAUUAAAUGAAAAAAUUCACAGAGACACAUGGUGGCGCUAUAGGAUAAGAUGAAACAGUGCAUACAUAGCCAGCUCUGUGGGCUCCGCUGUCCAGAGGACCAGAGAACAGCCAACACACUGAGAAGGGAGGUAUCAUAAGAGCUUCUCUGACAGAGCUGCCAAGGGAUUUUCAAUAGAAAGAAUCGUAUCUUCAUCUCUCAAAAUUGGGACCAAAUUUAAAUUUUGCAACAAAAGAGGUCACCUGAAGGAACUAUGGGUACCAGAAGGACACUCAUUCUGCAGAAAAGGCAAGUCUUGGCUUUCUUUGUUUUGCUGGGAUUGUCUCAGGCGAGUACUGAAUCUUUGCACUGUUCUUUAGCGGAGGAAACAGAAAUUGGCUCUUUAGUGGCUAAUCUGGCAAGGGAUCUGGGGCUGGGGGUUGCAGAGCUGUCCUCCAGGGAGGCCCGGAUAGUGUCAGAUGAUAAUAAAAAGCAUUUACACCUUAAUUUGAUGACGGGAGAUCUGCUCCUGAGUGAGAGACUGGACCGGGAAGAGCUGUGUGGAUCCACCCAGCCCUGUGUGCUGCCUUUUCAGGUGGUACUGGAAAACCCUUUACAGUUUUUUCGAGCUGAGCUGCAUGUCAGAGAUAUAAAUGAUCACUCCCCUACAUUUCUGGACAAGGAAAUAACUAUUAAAAUACCAGAAAGCGCAACUAUUGGAGCCACAUUCUUAAUUGAGAAUGCACAAGAUCUGGACAUAGGAAGCAACAGUCUCCAGGACUACAGCAUUAGCCCCAAUUCUCACUUCUAUGUUAAAAUUCAUGACAGUGGUGAUGGAAAGAUAUAUCCGGAGCUGGUUCUAGACAGAGCUCUAGAUCGUGAGGAAGAAUCUGAGCUUAGAUUGACACUUAUGGCACUGGAUGGUGGGUCUCCUCCCAGGUCUGGGACAACAUCCAUUCUCAUAAAAGUCUUGGACAUCAAUGAUAAUGCUCCUGAGUUUGCUCAGAGUUUCUAUGAGGUGCAGGUCCCAGAAGACACGCCCAUUGGUUCCAGUAUUAUUGCUAUCUCUGCUAGGGAUUUAGAUACAGGAAAUUCUGGGAAAAUAUCAUAUUCAUUUUUGCAUGCAUCAGAAGUUAUUAGAAAAACAUUUGACAUCAACCCAACAUCUGGGGAAGUCACCUUGAGAUCAUUACUGGAUUUUGAAGUAAUACAAUCCUACUCUGUAAAUGUCCAAGCAACAGACGGUGGUGGUCUUUCGGCGAAAUGCACUCUUUUAGUAAAAGUAUUGGAUAUAAAUGACAAUGCACCAGAAGUGACCAUAUCAUCAAUUACAAAAACAAUUCCAGAGAAUGCUUCAGAGACCCUGGUCGCUCUUUUCAGUGUCCGAGAUCAAGACUCUGGGGACAACGGAAAGAUCCUUUGCUCUAUUCAGGACGACCUUCCAUUUAUCCUAAAACCCACCUUCAAGAACUUUUUCACUCUACUUUCUGAAAAAGCGCUGGACAGAGAGAGCAGAGCUGAGUACAACAUCACCAUCACAGUCACUGACAUGGGCACACCCAGGCUCACAACACAGCACACCAUAACAGUGCAGGUGUCUGACGUCAACGACAACGCCCCCAUCUUCACACAAACCUCCUACACCCUGUUUGUCCAGGAGAACAACAGCCCCGCCCUGCACAUAGGCACCAUCAGCGCCACAGACUCAGACUCAGGCUCCAAUGCCCACAUCACCUACUCGCUGCUGCCCACCCAAGACCCGCAGCUGGCCCUCCACUCGCUCAUAUCCAUUAACGCCGACAAUGGGCAGCUGUUCGCGCUCAGAGCGCUGGACUACGAGGUCCUGCAGACCUUCGAGUUCCAUGUGGGCGCCACAGACCAAGGCUCUCCUGCACUCAGCAGCCAGGCGCUGGUGCGAGUGCUGGUGCUGGACGCCAACGACAAUGCCCCCUUCGUGCUCUACCCGCUGCAGAACGCCUCUGCACCCUGCACAGAGCUGCUGCCCAGGGCGGCAGAGCCAGGAUACCUGGUCACCAAGGUGGUGGCAGUGGACCGCGACUCUGGACAGAAUGCCUGGCUGUCCUUCCAGCUGCUCAAGGCCACGGAGCCCGGGCUGUUCAGCGUGUGGGCACACAAUGGCGAGGUGCGCACCUCCAGACUGCUGAGUGAGCGCGAUGCUCCCAAGCACAGGCUGCUGCUGCUGGUCAAGGACAAUGGUGAUCCUCCAAGGUCUGCCAGUGUCACUCUGCAUGUGCUGCUGGUGGAUGGCUUCUCUCAGCCCUACCUGCCUCUGCCAGAGGUGGCGCGCGAUCCUGUGCACGAGGAGGAUGCGCUCACACUGUACCUGGUCAUUGCCUUGGCUUCUGUGUCUUCCAUCUUCCUCUUGUCUGUGCUGCUGUUCGUGGGGCUGAGGCUGUGCAGGAGGGCCAGGGCAGCUUCUCUGGGUGGCUGCUCUGUGCCUGAGGGACACUUUCCUGGUCACCUGGUGGACGUCAGUGGGGCGGGGACCCUGUCUCAGAGCUACCAGUAUGAGGUGUGUGUGACAGGAGGUACCGGGACAAAUGAGUUCAAAUUCCUGAAGCCGGUCAUGCCCAGUCUUCAACUCCAGGAUGCUGGUUCUAAUAUGCAGGAAAAGGAGAACUUUCGCAAUAGUCUUGGAUUUAAUAUUCAAUAAAAAUCUCCUAUAAACUCUUAAUAUUUUCCUUUUACUGACAAAUUGCAGAUGAUUUUUUUUUCUUGAUGUGCAAUGGAUUUUAGAUUUUACUGGUUUUGCAUGCAUUUUCAUUUUACAUGUUUUUCUUACAGUUGCUAUGGGGCUCUAGUGAUGUAAAGAAACAAUCUGCACCUUUUGUUUCGUUUAUUUUGAAGUUUUAUGUUAACAGUUCUGCUGUUUGUUAUGAAAGACACAGAAAUGGAAAUACUAACUAAAGUAUUUAGAGUAAAUAUAUUGGGCAAGUGAUUACUGUACCUGGUGGAGUCCACAAGCAGGCACCUCUGGGUGGAUCUCCAACAAAA